CGGCGUGAAGGGGUAGGAGCCGCCGCCGCCGCCGCCGCUCGCGAGGGGCCGAGCGCCAGGCCCGCCGCCAUGGCCUACUGCCGGCAGGAAGGGAAAGAUCGCAUCAUAUUUGUGACCAAAGAAGACCAUGAAACUCCCAGCAAUGCAGAGUUGGUGGCCGAUGACCCCAAUGAUCCAUAUGAGGAACACGGCUUGAUACUGCCAAACGGAGACAUUAACUGGAACUGCCCGUGCCUGGGGGGCAUGGCCAGCGGCCCCUGUGGGGAACAGUUCAAAUCGGCCUUUUCCUGCUUCCACUAUAGCACAGAGGACAUCAAGGGGUCAGACUGUGUGGACCAGUUCCGGGCCAUGCAGGAAUGCAUGCAGAAGUACCCGGACCUCUAUCCCCAGGAGGACGAGGAGGAGGAGGAGGAGAAGAAGGCAGCGGAACACGGAGAGCCAACAGCUCCCCCCGAGGCCACUGUGACCAAAGACGGGGUGGACUCCAGCUAAUGCAGGCCCUGAGGCCCCGGGUUCUAGCUUUUCGUCUGCAGAGUGACGUGGACCUUCUGCAGAGAGCCUUUGACUCACCCACCCUCCGAGAAAGUGUCUUUCCUGUCCUGCUGUGUGCACUGUAAUGUACAAAAUGACUCCUGUCGAUGAUCGGGGUGACCUGGCCCCCGAACACCAUGGGGUCCCAGGUAGGUGCGUCCCACACACGGCCAUCCCCGAGGGUGGCCGCCCCUCUGACUUCUCUGUCAGGUUGCCCUGAGCUUUACCACUGUCACACACUGUGCUGAACCUUCUCAUCAACCCCAGGUCACCACCCCGGAAUGUUCCUGUGAGUGAGCUGAUUUGAUCUGAUCCAUCCUGUCCCUGUUAGUAGAUCUUACUCCUCUUUGGGAAAUGAAAUAAAAACCAAAAAAACUAUCAAAAUGCUGGCGUGGGGCCGUCCCUGGUAGAAGAGGCCAGAUGGUCAGGGCUGGAUCUCUCAAACCGUCUUGCCUUUGGGUGUGUGAGGAGGGACUUCAUUCCUGAUGAAGUUUGGUUCCCGUGUUUGCAUUGAGCUCCGGGUUUCCCACGGUUAGAAGGUGCAGACUUGGAUGUUGGGUUCCCAGCCUUUUGCUGGUUGUGCUGUCCGGAGCCCUGGCCGGGUCUGCUCACACGGGCUCUCUCUCUGGUCCGCUGCAGUCUUCUUGACAGGUCGGGACCUAACUGUUGCCAAGAGAGGACAUGGUGUGAAUGAAGUGCUCAAUGAAAAGGAAACGUGAUUCCUA